AUGGAUCCCGACCCGGAUGCUGGCCUGCUGACGGACGGUGCGAAUCCUCGCCUUGGAGAGAGCCUCUUCGGCCACGGAGACGGUGAUGCCCAAUUCGGAUCCCAACUUGGACCCCAACACCCUCUCGACGACGGCACCUCCCACCCCGGCGACGACGACGACGACGACGACGACGAAUUCGCCCGCGAUGGCCAUCGCCGCUCCGCCGCAAACUACACAGCUGCCCUGGCCAACGCGCACCAUGCCGCCGAGACCGUGAAUCCCGACGUCUUCUACCGGAGCUACGAAGCCAGCCAACCCUCCGACGGCGAACCCAUCCACCCGCUCAUGGCCUCGUCCGUCAUCGGCCCCUCAUUGUGCUUCGGCGACGCAGCCACCGCCGCCGCCAGCCAUCUCGCCCUCUCGUCGAACGGUUCAUUGCCUCUAUCCACCGAUUGUGCCGCCUCGGACCCGAACGACGGCACCCACUCGACGUCGGGCACGUUGAAAAGGCCGAGCGUCAAGGAUCUGAAGAAGCGAUUCGAUCAAAACGGCACCCUUUCUUCCAUCCCGCAACCCUCUGCCAGACUGGGAUCCACGCCACCUCGAGCAGUAAGCGAUGCCGCUGCCGCCGCCGCCGUCGUCGUCGUCAAGGCGCGAAGUAGAGCAACGCCGUACGCCGCCUUGCCUGCCGGACACGCUCACAAAUCAUUGGCUCAGGAAACGGCGCAGGAAGGCCACGACGCUGCAAGGACACGCGGGCAACGGUCGACCGUUGCACCUCAGGAGGAUCCCGUGCCCAGCAGCUCAAGGUCGUUCGCCAGCCGCAUCGGCAAGCCUGGAAUGUCCGUCAACGGCAAAGACGUCGCCUCCAGCUCGAUGACGCACCCAUCGUGCAAGGUCGCUUCUCCCUCACGCAGCCUGCACCACGGCCAGAAACGGUCAUCGUCUCCGCCGACGGCGCCCGCGACCCGGGGCCUGUUGUUUGGCGAGAUUCUCCCUCAAAAAUAUGACGUAUCCUCUCCUGGCUUCGGGAUAGGUCAUGGCCGAUCCCAGAAGAUCUCCGAAUCGAGCCGUCGCCACCACCACCGUCGCCACUCCGGCCCCGACACGAAAUCUCCUUCCCCAAGCAGCUGGUAUCGCCAUGUCAACCAACGGGUCAACCCUUCACACGUCGGCUCUGCGUCUCGGCCCAAGGGCCACACUCGUUCACGAAGCGAGGUCACAGUGUCUCCAUCAUUUUUACAGAUUGCCCGCAGGCCACACACUAGAUUCAUUCCACCGACGAGCCUAGUUUUUUCAUCAUCUAUAUCCAAAAUCCCUAUUCCCGACAGAAAGCUGAGAAGCCCCACCAACUCGUCUGGUCCGCCCUCUCCUCCCUCAUACUCGCCCCCUGGGCUCAAACGCGCACGUGCGAAUGCGAGGGCUUUCCGUCCCGCCGUCGCCCCAGCGAGGGCGAAAACGCCGACGGGCAGAAAGGACCCCCCCGAAGCCCUUGUCACACCGGGCAACAAGCCGCGCCUUGAAGCGUACAUAACAACGCCCCCGCCCAAGUUAUCGCCAACCCUGAGAAGCUCACGGCCGCGACGGCCGGUCUCCUUGGUUGCGACGGCCAGCUCGCGCAUGAAGGGGUCCGACAGCGGAGGUUCUAGCAACGGCUCCGACGCAAUGCCCUUGAAAUCGGACGACAAAUCGGCAACGAGACAUCGCAAGGUAUCCGUCGGACCCAUUGACUUCGAGCGCAGGCGGGAGCAUAUCAGACUCGCAUACAGCAGAUCCAUCCGAGAAAGCCAAGCGUUCGAGACCCGAAAGGAAGUCAUUGGGAGUCGCGAGAAGGCAGUGGAACCGGCCGCGAUGGCCGACGUGAUAAUCUCUGAUCUCGAAUCGCUUGCAUCGGCCAUCGCCGCCGCCCCAACGCAGACGGAGCAGGGUAUCUCAAGUGCUCUCGACAAGGUUGGCGCAUCUUCCGAUUCCGAGACGAGGCAACCGGAGCAUCUGCCGACCGAACCCUUCGCGAAUCCGGUCGUGGAUAACCCUGGGCACGGAGUCGAACCACGCCUCGCCUUACCCGCAGUACUCCUUCCGAGCCCCCCACAGCUCGGACAGUUGGCGACGGAUGGUGACUCGCCCACGCUUGGUAUCCCCUCGAGCAUUGCUCUCCUCGGGCACCCAACGAGUGCGGAAGCGCAGACUCGGUCCGCGACGUCUCAGACAUCCGAGGCAACCGAUCUCGAUGACGAACCCCGGACGAGUCCCCCGGUUCAGCCGUAUCAAUCUUCGCUGGGCAUGUUCGUAUCUGCGAAGCCGCCAGCUCCCCAGACUUCUGCUACAGACUCUCCUCAGCCAAGGUAUGAGGAUCAUUCCGGGGAACACCCAGAUCCCUUGGGUGCGAAUCCAAAGGUCGGGCACGAGGCGUCACAGGCCGCAGUACGUGACGAAACAGACCACCCGACGAUCCUGGACUCGAGGGCCGGCUUUGAGGGCCCUUCCCUUGCUCUUCGACCGAUCGAGUCAUAUGCUGCCACCCUGGCCUCGCCACAACCUACCGAGACCAAACGGGAAGGCGAAGGCGAGGCGGGACCUGUUUCCUCUCCUCGCUUGGAUGUGCAGAGCAGGUCAGACCGCUGCUCGGAUUCGGACAAUGCGCCCCGGGGCGACGAUGCAGCUGUGGAUGCAUGUGCGGAGAAGACGGAGGAGCACGACAGGUUCGUGCUGUCUCGGCCCGACUUCCGCUGCGGCGAUCCCCUGUCGUCCUAUCGUUCAUCCACUUGUGCUUCAUCCGAUGUCGGUGCCCCAGACGACGCCCAUGGCCGACGACUAGAUGCGGCAAAUACAUCCAGCCUUGUGGUGCCCCCGUCGAGGACGGAUAACGAUAGGCUGAGCCGAGAGUCGGCGUGGACCGACUUUUCCAUUGAUAGCGCCGAUUCUGAUGCCACGAAGUCGUCCGCAAGGCAGAGUCGGCACGAAUCUCGCGCCUAUGGUCGCGGAACCGUCUUGGAAUCGACAACGACGACUCGGGAAAGAGUUUCGUCCCGUACAGGGAUGCAGUACGGAUCGGACGGGCAAUGUGCGGACGAUUCGGCAAGAUGGUCUGUCCAUUCUCAUCAACUCCAACUACCAGAGGUCGACGCUGGAGAGAGUUUCUCCAUUCCUUACCUGACACAGGAUGUCGGUGCGAGCUUGUCGUACCUCCAAACUCCUGACCACAGACCACCUCCUGUGCCGCAUUCUGCUCCAGCCUCGACGCUGGACUCGCGGACAUCGAGCAUCUUUUACGACCAGUCCCAGCGCGGAAGCACUUUGGCCAAUUCCGAGCAGGAGAGUGAUGAGUGCGCGCCUAAAGUUCCAACACCACACUCGGUCGACGCAACCCAAACGGACAGCGACGCCAGGUCGUCGGCGCAAGGAGGCGACGAGCCCACGAGCCAGGAACGCCACCGCCUCAUUCAGCGGCGGAACGUCAUCAAGGAGUUGAUCGACACAGAGGCCGUCUUCGUCCGAGACAUGAACAUCGUGGAAGAGAUUUACAAGGGAACCGCCGAGGCUUGCCCUGAACUGGACGGCAAGACGGUCAAGCUCGUCUUCCGCAACAGCGACGAGAUCAUCGAAUUUCAUACCGCUUUCCUGAGGCAGCUCAAGGCCGCCGUGGCCUCGGUGUACGUGCCCAGAGGCGGCCGUGCAGCGCCCCGGAGCGCGGAAUCCACCAUGCCGGAACAAGCUCUGGCGAAGACCGGAGAGCCCAGCGAUGCCAGGGAUCGCGUGACCUCUCUCGGUCCCGUUUUCCAAGAGAACAUGGAGAGGAUGAAGCUGGUGCACGAAGGCUUCCUCCGCAACAGCGAUCAGGCUGCGAAGCAGCUCAUUCAGAUCCAGCAAGACUCGACGGUCAAGAUGUGGCUGAGCGAGUGCAACGAGGUGGCAAAAGACCUCACGGCUGCCUGGGACCUGGACUCGCUCCUGAUCAAACCGAUGCAGAGAAUCACAAAAUACCCCAACCUGAUCGUCACGCUUCUUCAGCACACGCCGCAGGAUCACCCGGAUCGAGAGGCGCUGAUGGCGGCCAAGGAGUCGCUGGAGAACUCCAUCAUCGAGAUCAACAAGACCAAGAAGAAUUUCGAGCUCGUCGGACAAAUCGUCGGACGAAAGCGGAAGGAGUCGGAUGUCAAGGCAGGCUUCGCCCGCGCGUUUGGGAAACGAGUCGACAAGCUUCAGACGUCGACUAGUCGGGCCCCGGAGGAUGCCGACUACGUUCGGUUCGAGGAGAAGUUCGGCGACGACUACCUCCGACUUCAAGUCGUGCUCCGCGACGUCGAGUUCUACACCAGGCAGGUGUCGGCGUACGUGCACGAAUUCCUUCAGUACCUCUCCUCGAUCGAGCUCGUCAUGAGGCUCCAGCCGGGCAGCUACCCCGAGCUUGAGAGCAAGUGGGUUCAGUUCAACAUUUCGAUGCGCGAUCUCGAAAAGGUCGCCCUCGAGGACCAUUUGGCCCAAGUCCGAAAGCAUGUGAUCGAGCCGUUCGAGCACGUCAUCAAGGCGUACGGCAAUCCGUCCCUGGCGAUGAAGAAGCGGCAGAAGCGACGGCUGGACUUUGAGCGAUCGGAACAGCUGAAGCGAUCGGGGAAGUCGGUUGAUCCGAAGCUCAGGGAGCUCGUGGAACAGUACGAGGCGUUGAACGACACGCUCAAGAAGGAGCUUCCGAUGCUGGGAUCUCUUACGGAGCGGGUGGGCAACAUCUGCCUCGGCAACUUUGUCAACAUCCAAGCCAACUGGUUCGCGAUAUGGAAGGAGAAGAUGAAGGCGGUGACUGGCGAAAGCGACGAACUGCCCGACCUCGAGGAGGUGAUGCUGACCUUUCAACGGGACUACCCGUACGCCCACGAGCAGCUGGACAGCAUCGGCAUCUUGAACUCGGCGACGCGUGGGCGGGCAUCUCAGUCGGCGACGAGUGUGGACGGCUCGACCAUCAGAACGUCACGCUCGGGGCCGUCGGACGUGGAGACGCGGGGCCGAGUGCUCUCCGUCAACGGCGAUGCAGCCUCGUCGGCCACGCAUGCUGACUUUCACGCACGCCGCAGCGGGUCCAUCCCGGUCUCGCCCAGCGCCAGCUCGAGCGGUUUCAGGAGCGGCGCGGCACCCAGCCCGCACAUGUACCACUACCGAGACUACUACGCGGGGAUCGCGUCGCAGCAGUGGAGCUCGGCGUCGUCCAGGUCCCCCGAAAUAUCGGGAAGCUCGCGGUCGCUGGUGGGAACGGGCGCCACGUCGACACGACCGAGCACGAGACGGAGCUCCGAUUCCGCCAACCUACACCGUCGAGAUUCCAACACGACGUACAGCUCGAACCAGCACGAGAGCCGGUACUCGAACCUCUUCCACUCGGCGCUGCCACUGCCGGAUGGAACGAAGAGCCAGCGAUCCUCGCGAGCCUCGUCGCGCGAGCGAAGCAGGCUCUCGGACGGGUACAACGUCCUCUGGUUCGCAGCGUCGCUCUUCGAGUUCAACAUUGCCACAACCAAGCAGGAAGCUGGCUACACGUACCUGACGUAUCAGGCUGGCGAGGUCUUUGACGUCAUCGCCGAAAAGGGCGAGCUGUGGUUGGCAAAAAACCAAGACGAUUCAGAGGGCCAGAUCGGAUGGAUCUGGUCCAAACACUUUGCGAGGCUGGCCGAGCCGUAA